UUUAUUUUGCAUGUUUUAUCCCCCCAAACCAGAUCAGCACAAGCCCUGCCCACUGAGAUUCUAAAGUCCUUUGGUCAUUUCAAUUCCUGUGCUGAUUGCCUAUAUAACACUGAAAUAAAUACAAACCCCUAACCUUAACCAUAAAGGUAUUUUUCACCCAAAAUGCAAAUUCUGUCUUCAUUUACUCAAACGUGACGGUAGCCACUGACUUCCCCAUACCAUGAAAGUCAAUGGCUACCAUCAAGUACGCACAUUCUUUAACAUAUCUUCUUGUGCGCUCAACAGAAGAAAGAAAUCCAUACAGGUUCGGAACAACUUGAGUAUUAACCCAGUCCUGAUAUACACGUCUUCAAGGAGGCCUGUUUACAUCCACGGUGCCAAGAACCCUGUAGUAUCCUUCCAAGUCUCCACGUCACUGCUCGACUUUUCCUGUCCUGGGUUCCUCCGUCAUGUCAAGCCCUAGCAGCAGCCCAGAGAGAGAGGGAGGGAUGGAAGGUUCUGUUCAGCUGGAGGACCUCAACUCGCCUCCCGGUCUGGAAACCGACCCUCCUUUAGCUGGCAGCCCAGUGCUCAGUCCGGAUUCCAGUUCCCAUGAUGCUGCGCUCUCUGCCCCGGCAGCCUCCCCGGCUGACUCAGAGAACCUCAGUCCAGAUGAGCUCGAGCUUCUGGCUAAACUGGAGGAACAGAACAGGUUGCUAGAAGCAGAUUCCAAAUCCAUGCGCUCAAUGAGUGGAUCUCGGAGGAAUAGUGGCUCCUCUCUGGUGUCAAGCUCAUCUGCAUCCUCUAAUCUGUCCCAUCUGGAAGAAGACACUUGGAUCCUGUGGGGACGGAUCGUCAAUGAGUGGGACGAGUGGAGACGAAAGAAAGACAAACUUCUGAAGGAGCUAAUAAGGAAAGGCAUUCCUCAUCAUUUCCGAGCAAUCGUUUGGCAGUUACUAUGUAAUGCCACUGACAUGCCAGUAAAGAAUCAGUACUCUGAACUCUUAAAGAUGUCCUCACCCUGUGAAAAACUCAUACGCAGAGAUAUUGCCCGCACAUAUCCAGAGCACGACUUCUUCAAAGGCCAGGACAGCCUGGGACAGGAAGUUCUGUUUAAUGUCAUGAAGGCAUAUUCUCUUGUGGAUCGUGAGGUUGGUUAUUGUCAGGGCAGUGCCUUCAUCGUAGGAUUGCUACUUAUGCAGAUGCCGGAGGAGGAGGCCUUCUGUGUGUUUGUCAGACUAAUGCAGGAGUACAGGCUUAGAGAGUUGUUUAAACCCAGCAUGGCUGAGCUGGGUCUGUGCAUCUACCAGUUUGAACACUUGCUACAGGAGCAUUUGCCGGAGCUGAACGUUCAUUUCCGCUCUCAGAGUUUCCAUACAUCUAUGUAUGCCUCGUCCUGGUUUCUUACACUCUUCCUCACCUUCCUGCCCCUGCCAAUAGCUACACGUAUCUUUGACAUCUUUAUGUAUGAGGGUUUGGAGAUCAUAUUCCGAGUUGGAAUAGCGAUAUUGCAGUACAACCAGACAGACCUCAUACAGCUAGACAUGGAGGGAAUGUCCCAGCACUUUCAGAAGGUGAUUCCGCAUCAGUUUGAUAGCUGCCCAGAUAAGAUGAUCCUACGGGCUUAUCAAGUCAAAUACAAUCCCAAAAGAAUGAAAAAGUUAGAAAAGGAAUAUACCACUAUUAAGAACAAAGAGAUGGAGGAACAGAUUGAAAUUAAGAGACUACGUACAGAAAAUAGACUACUGAAGCAGAGGAUUGAGACACUGGAAAAAGAGAGUGCUGCAUUAGCAGACAGGUUGAUUCAGGGUCAGGUUACACGAGCCCAGGAGGCAGAGGAGAACUAUGUUAUUAAGCGUGAACUGGCUGUGGUUCGUCAGCAGUGUUACACAGCCAGUGAGAGUCUGGAGAAAGCGCAGGACACCAUACGUGAACUUCAACAACACAAGUAUACAGAAGAGUUUGUAAGUGGGCUGCAGACUCAGUUGGAACAGUCUCGUCUACAGGAGACAGAACUACUCGGUGCUCUGAAAGAAAUGCAGGACAAAGUGCUCGAUCUGGAAAAGAGGAGCAGCUCUCUUCCUGAUGAAAUCAAUGUAGCUCAGCUGCAGGAUGAGCUGAAGCUGGUGAAACUGAGAGAGCAGGAGACUCUGCGCUCCUUCAGAGAGAUGCAAGAGGCCGUUACUGAUCUCAACCACUGCUAUCAGCAUCAUACGUCUCGUGGAGGAGGAGGCCACUGGAAAGAAUCUCCUAAAAAGAAUGCGAUGAAUGAGCUACAGGACAAACUGAUGAGUCUGAGACUGCGAGAGGCUCAGGGUCAAGCUGAACUCAAAGAGGUCAAACUCAAAAACCUGCAGCUUGAAAGCCAGAACCAGAUCCAACUGUAAACUAGUUGUUAGACAUGAGCAAGAGAGUGCAGCCUGCAGGAGAGACUGCAAAAU